GCCACUCCGCAGCCCUUCCCCCGGAGCCGCCGGCCGCUGCGGGGGGACAACAUCACCCUCCGGUUUCUUGCUCCUCCUCCUGACCCCAGCGCACCCCCAUCCCCGCCCCAGACGCGGCAAGGCUCCCUCCGCCUUCAGCCCGGCGGAGUCGCACUGGGAGCUGCAGCGGCCGCAGUCGCGGGAGCUUCCCGCUUGCGGAGACCCAGACGGCUGCAGGAGCCUGGGCAGCCUCGGGGUCGGCGGCACCAUGAACGUCUCGGGCUGCCCAAGGGCCGGGAACGCGAGCCAAUCCGGCGGCGGGGGCGGCUGGCACCCAGAGGCGGUCAUCGUGCCCUUGCUCUUCGCGCUCAUCUUCCUCGUGGGCACCGUGGGCAACGCGCUGGUGCUGGCGGUGCUGCUGCGCGGCGGCCAAGCGGUUAGCACCACCAACCUGUUCAUCCUCAACCUGGGCGUGGCCGACCUGUGUUUCAUCUUGUGCUGCGUGCCCUUCCAGGCCACCAUCUACACGCUGGACGGUUGGGUGUUCGGCUCGCUGAUGUGCAAGGCGGUGCACUUCCUCAUCUUCCUCACCAUGCACGCCAGCAGCUUCACGCUGGCCGCCGUCUCCCUGGACAGGUAUCUGGCCAUCCGCUACCCGUUGCACUCCCGAGAGCUGCGCACGCCUCGAAACGCGCUGGCAGCGAUCGGGCUCAUCUGGGGGCUGUCGCUGCUCUUCUCCGGGCCCUACCUGAGCUACUACCGCCAGUCACAGCUGGCCAACCUGACCGUGUGCCAUCCCGCGUGGAGCGCGCCUCGCCGCCGCGCCAUGGACCUCUGCACCUUCGUCUUCAGCUACCUGCUUCCGGUGCUGGUUCUCGGCCUGACCUACGCGCGCACCCUGAGGUACCUCUGGCGCACCGUCGACCCGGUGGCUGCCGGCUCGGGUGCCCGGCGCGCCAAGCGCAAGGUGACGCGCAUGAUCCUCAUCGUGGCCGCGCUCUUCUGCCUCUGCUGGAUGCCCCACCACGCGCUCAUCCUUUGCGUGUGGUUCGGCCGUUUCCCGCUCACGCGCGCCACUUAUGCGCUGCGCAUCCUCUCGCACCUGGUCUCCUACGCCAACUCCUGCGUCAACCCCAUCGUUUAUGCUCUGGUCUCCAAGCACUUCCGCAAAGGCUUCCGCAAGAUCUGCGAGGGCCUGUUGGGCCGUGCCCCACGCCGAGCCUCGGGCCGCGUGUGCGUUGCCGCGCCGGACACCCGCAACUGCAGCGUUAUGGAGCGCGAGUCCACCGACCUGACGCACGUGAGCGAGGCGGCGGGGCCGCUAAGUCCUUGCCCCUGCGCUUCCCAGCCAUGUACCCUCGAGCCCGGUCCCGGCCUGUCCUGGCAGGGCCCAAAGGCAGGCAACGGCAUCCUGACAGUUGACGUGACCUGAAAGCACUUAGCGGGCACGCUUGGAUGUUACAGAGUUGGAGUCAUUGUUGUGAUCCCCAUUGUUGGGGAGAGCUUUGCCUGUUAAUAAAAGGCAUAAACCAUUUCACAUGCAGUGA